CCUUCAUCACCAUCAUCACCUCCAUCAUCAGCGUCACCUUCAUCAUCAUCACCUUCAUCAUCGUCACCUUCAUCACCUCCAUCAUCAUCGUCACCUUCAUCUUCAUCAUCACCUCCACCUUCAUCAUCUCCAUCCUCAUCAUCGUCACCUUCAUCACCGUCACCUUCAUCACCCCCCCAUCCUCAUCAUCGCCGCCAUCCUCACCAUCAUCAUCAUCAUCAUCAUCAGCUCCUCACUGGCGCCGCCUGCGGGAUGAAGGACCAUCAGCGCCUCUCAUCAUCACCUCCAUCAUCAGCGUCACCUUCAUCAUCAUCACCUUCAUCAUCGUCACCUUCAUCACCUCCAUCAUCAUCGUCACCUUCAUCUUCAUCAUCACCUCCACCUUCAUCAUCUCCAUCCUCAUCAUCGUCACCUUCAUCACCGUCACCUUCAUCACCCCCCCAUCCUCAUCAUCGCCGCCAUCCUCACCAUCAUCAUCAUCAUCAUCAUCAGCUCCUCACUGGCGCCGCCUGCGGGAUGAAGGACCAUCAGCGCCUCU